AAUGACCCUGGUGCUUCGCUGUUGUGUUUUCACUGCCCUUUUGUGAAUCUCAAACCAGAUCCGCUUUGCUCAAACCAUGGGCACGAGUUUGAUACUACGCUUUUUUAUAGUUACUCUGUGCCCAGGUGCUGUGCUGGGUGAAUCGAUCCAGUCCAACAAACCCGAAGUGUCUGCAAGAGUAGGGGACAAGGUGACACUCAGCUGUUCUUACAAUACCAGCUAUUCUGAUGUCUAUCUCUACUGGUACCGUCAGUUUCCUGACCAAGGCCCGCAGUACGUUCUCCGAACCGGUGCCAAGGUAUACAGCUCUGUCAGUGAUUUUGCAGAGUUUGCCAAGAAGAGAUUUACUCCCCAGGCUGAUGACACCUCUACAGUUGUGACUAUCACAGCCCUGGAGCUGGCAGACACAGCGGUGUAUCUCUGCGCCCUGCAGAGGGCACAGCGACAGAGCCUCAUGCCAGAGCUGUGCAAAAACCCUCCCUUCCUUCACAUUAAAUUGCUCCCCUUGUCCACAUGUUUGUUGACCCCUUCAGAGAACUCUAGUAGAUCAGAAAGACACGAUCUCCCUUCACAGAAACCAUGUGGACUUUUGCCCAACAAUUUAUGUUCUUCUAUGUGUCUGACAAUUUUAUUCUUUACCAUUGUUUCAACUAAUUUGCCCGGUACUGACGUUAGACUUACUGGUCUAUCAUUGCCAGGAUCACCUCUAGACUCCUUUUUAAAUAUUGGUGUUGCAUUAGCUAUCUUCCAGUCUCCAUCUCUGUAUCAUUUUGUACCACCAAUCUCCUCUAACCAAGCAUGACUCCUUCUUACCUCACUGAUAUCUACG